UUUAGGCCAUAAAUCUUAGUUCUGGGAACUGUGUCAGGAAAAAGAGGAAUAGAGCUUUGGACUUUGUUAAACAUGCAGAUAUAUUAUCAGAAAUAUCAAUUACAAUGUCAUAUCUUUAGAAUGUCAGGGAAAAAAGAUUACAUAGCAUAUAUGUAGAUAAUAGACCUAGAGAGGGUUCUUUAUGUACUGUAUAUGUAUUUGGGAUCUUUAUGACCUGAGCCUAAAAGGGUGUCUGAUUUUCCUAUUUUUAAAGAAAAAAAAAAUCUCAGCUUUUUGGGGGUUUUUGAGCUAUGAUAGGUGUUCUUGUUCCCAUAUUUGGUAGUCUGAAACAAUUCAUGGCUGUGACAGCUAUGGUGUACUAUAUGCCUUUUUUCUUGGGCUUUGGGUAUUUUUCUCUGCUACUUGGAGUUACUUCACCUAAAGGGGUUGUUGUUGUUGUUGUUAUUCAGUUCUUCAACUGGCAUUUUCAUGGUGAUAAUACAGAUACACUUCUCUUUCUCUGCUUCUUGUGCAGCUUAGAGAUUCUUGAGAAAACAAGAAUUGGAGUGAUUGAACUUGAGGGUGACUUUGGAAAUAUGUUAGUAUAAGAAAUUGAAAAUGGCAUCAUCUUCUGCUGAAAACAGUCCAGUGCCACUAAGAGUAGCACCCCCAAAUUAUCAUCCAUAUCCACCUGCUUUGGCUACAUAUGAGAAUGUUGUGGCCUCUCCUCAACUGUUCAUGGAUACUUUGCAGAAGCUCCAUGCUGCCAUGAGAACCAAGUUCAUGAUCCCUGUCAUAGGGGGCAAAGCCCUGGAUCUGCAUCGCCUCUUUGUGGAGGUAACUACUCGUGGUGGUAUCACAAAGGUUCUAGGGGAGAAAAGAUGGAAGGAAGUAACAUUAGUUUUUAGCUUUCCUUCUUCAGCUACAAAUGCUUCAUUUAUCCUUCGGAAAUAUUAUAUUUCAUUGCUCUUCCACUACGAAAGAGUUUACUAUUUCAAGGCAAAGUAUUGGACUCCUUCUCCUGAUGUGUUGCAGCAAGUGUCACAUGCUGCAGCUCCACCUCAUGAGUUGGCCGGAUAUGCGCUUCCAUCGCCAGAAAUAGAAACCACCAUGCGCCAGCCACAGAGGAUAGAAACGACAUUUCCUGAAGCAACUACAGCACCAUCGACAGGUUCACCUGUGUCUGGUUUCAUUGAUGGGAAGUUUGAGAGUGGAUAUCUUAUAACAAUGAAGAUUGGAUCUGAGGAUUUUAAAGGUGUUCUAUAUCAGGUUCCAAUGAACCAAGAGUUGCAAAAUCAGAAUCUUCCUGUUUAUAAUACUGGGAAAGCAGCAUCAACAACUGGUGGGGUCGUUCGAAGGAAGCGUAGGAAGAAAUGUGAAAUUAAAAAGCGCGAUCCUGCCCAUCCCAAGCCUAACAGAAGUGGUUAUAACUUUUUCUUUGCAGAACAACAUGCCAGGCUGAAACCACUUUAUCCUGGAAAGGAUAGAGAGAUUAGUAGGAUGAUAGGUGAAUUGUGGAACAACCUACAAGUACCCGAAAAGAUGGUUUAUCAGGAAAAAGCCUUGCAAGACAAAGAACGCUACAGAUUGGAGAUGCAAGACUAUCGUGAAAGAUUAACAGCCGGGCAAAUUAUUAUUAGUAAUCAGCUGCCAAUACAAUCUCCUCUUGAACACAAUGUCGAUUUGAUUGAUCAGGAAAGUGAACUUCAAAGUGAAAAUGGAAACGUCUCUUGGAGUCCGGAGUACGGAGCAAGUUCUGAUAAAUGUGCACAGAGCAACUCAGAGAACAACAAAGCCAAUGACCCGAAUUUAGAUGCUAAGGCCCCUCCGGUAUUAGAAAUGAAGGCAAACAACGUGAUCGUGGAGGAAUUUGAGUUGCUUAAGAGAGUAGACAUGGUUGAAUGUGAGGAUAAAGAAAUGCAGGAAGAGGAUGAAGCUGAUAAACAAGAAGAAGAAUUACAACAUAGCAAGGAGAAAGUUUUCUUCUUCCUAGAAGAUAAAACUUUAUUACCAACCGAGGAGAAAAUAUAAACAUGGCAAUAUGGCAUAGCUGAGUUUAACUUCCUAGAUAUCACCAAUCUUAAUUAUAGUUCUGUUGACUUAGUGAUUAUUUGUUGCUUAAAUCUUAACAUUCUAGCAUUAGUUGGGACACAAUUUGAAAGUAUGAACCAUUUUGAUGUAUCUCAUGGGCGUACUUUAAAGAUUAACUGCCUUUUAUUCUUCAAGUGCAUUAUCCAAAGGUUCAUUUUCCAUGUUCUUAACUUGUUUUAGAAAAUGUGCAGUAUGAAAAGGUCAUUGAGUUCUAUGUUACUCGGACUUUUCAAAAAUGUUAAUUGUGUCGAUUUUCCCAAAAGUAGUACACACUUCUUGGGGAUCGGAAACAUGUGCGGCAACAUUUUUGGUGAGUCCAAGUAAACAUAUAAUUAGUUUGAGACAUGGUUAGGUGCAGAUUUUUUUUUCAUGUACACAUUCCUAUUGAAGAUCAUUUUUUUUUUUGGUGUUAAACAGGUCAAAGGGGUCAUUAAAUUUCAAUUUGCGCAGAUAGGUUUACUGAGGGGGAGAAUAAAGUGCUCUAUAUCUAGAGGCGGAUCUAGGAUUUGAAGUUUCCGGGUGUCAUGCGUCAUUCAAUCAAUUUGGGCUUCGGGUCGGAUUAUUUGUCUUUUCGGGCUUUGAUUCGGGUUAUUCGUCUUUUCUGAUGAAAUAUUUGUUUAUAGCAAUAUACAAAAGAGAAAAGUAUAAAAGUUCCAAUAAUAUUACUAAUAUCAUAAAUAUCCAUCAUUCAUUUACAAUUGUCCUCGAAGAGGUUUCAUCUUCUGAAAAUGAUCAAUGAUGACAUCAUUACUUACAUUUGUAAAUACAUCACGCUCUAUGUAACGUACUAAACAAUCAUUCAAAUAUUGAUCACCAAUGCUAUUCCGCACUUCAUUUUUGAUCCGCUUCAUGGAUGAGAGAGAAGAAAGAACUUAUGUUGUUAAGUUUAUAUAUCUAAACAAAAAAAAAAAAAAAAACUAAUAAGAAAUAAAAAAGAUCAAAGAAUAAUAAAUUAAAGUACUCAACAUAAAUUGCUAAUAAUUGAAACUAAGUCAGCUCGAAUUAUUAAAAAGAAAAAGAAAGAGAUUAGAAAGGAGGAUUUCUACCUUACGUUGCUGCU